CAGGCAAUGGCACUCCCAUUAAUUAUCUUUCCAGAGCCAGCAACUCCAGGCUAGGCCUAAUCCAGGGUGGCCCCGAGACCUUCUCGGACGUGAUAUCGCUCAUUGACGAGUAUGAGGGUAACGCGUCCUCAGCCGUCACGAAAGCCUGGCCGCCAACCUCGGCGCGAAGCCCACCGCACCGAGGCUACUGCGAGCAAUGGAGGGCGUCUUUGAGGGCACCAUCUCGGUAUCUCCUCGGAGCCCCUUUGGGGACUCGAGAGCGUCGUCCUGGUACUCCCCAAGCUGGUUGGACAUUGUCGCCUUUGCCAAGACAAAUCCCGGCGAUUUCAACCUGACCACUACCCCUGACGGACGCCGGGUCUGCCAGUUCUAUCUCAAGGAUGUCAGGGUCGAGAUCAGCGAGGAUGACUGGCGCUUCAUCGUGUCGGGCGCCCUAGAUAGAUUCCACCUUGUGCCCACUCAUCCCCUCGAAGAGGACGAGACCGCCGAGCUGGCUACCUUGGAGAUCCUCGAGCUGCGGCUGCAGACGCUCAUCAACAAGGCCGACGAGGUUGCGAGAAAGGCUCGACAGCUCAACUAUCAUCUCAGCGGGAGGAAGGCCAGCAUCAUCGCCCGGCUCUCCAGCCAGCACCAGUCACACGCCGGGGCAUCCAGGUCAGUAAACCCACUCCGGCGCAGCGGAGGGCCCAACCCGGGCUACGAUCUUCACGCCGACCUUCUCCAGCAAUUCCUUGUCCCCAGCCCACAACCCAUCUCCAGGGCACGGGUGCUAAACCCGCCGCCAUCUCCCUUGGACAUCAUCCGGCACAGAGCCACCCCGAGCAUCACGCAGCAGCCACAGCUGCUCUUGCAAAGCAGCCGUCCGUCCCCACCACACGGGCCAGACUCGCCCGUACAUCGCGACAUCUCCUACGACCACCCGUCAUCCGUCCACAGGCCUCUCAUCCAGGCUCGGAUAGAGAAGCUAUCCAGGGGAGACGCGAUCGCCCCGCCCUGCGACCGAUGUAGGAGGCUCAAGACGCAGUGCAUCAAGCACCUGACGGCCUGCCAGGGCUGCACCAAGAAGCACGCCAAGUGCAGCUGGAGGGGAGUGACCGACGACGAGAUCCACGCGCUCAGGGGGGAGCAGCAGCAGCAGCAUCUAUUAUUACCUCCUUCCGCGUCCGCGCCACCGGGCGCCGACGAAGACGCAGCGGAGGACACGCCUGGCAGCAGCAACCCGAGAGAGGCGGCGGCGGCGCGCAUGAGCGGGGAACCAGACCUGCGGGAAGAGGAGGAGGAGGGACAGGGACAUGGACAGGCCCCGGCGCACAACAACAGCUCCGCACCAGCCGAGCACGCGCCGCCGCUGCCGCUGCCGCGCCACGGAAUGGCCGGGGCGCCGCUCAGUUACCUCCUCCACGCCGAGCCGCACAGGGACAAGCCGAGCCGCUGAUCCGACGAGGCGGGGGCGGAUGUCCGGGAGA